UCCUGUCUGCCGCGCCAGUCUCAUCGAGCUCCACCAGGGCACCCAUCCACAAAAUUAAGUAGCAACGAGCUCCACCAGGGCACCCAUCCACAAAAAAAAGUAGCAACGAGCAUGUCGGGUCGGCUUGCUUCCGUGCCGGAGGAGACCACCUCCGGCUACGAGGCUCUCUCCCUCUACCGCCGUCGGAUCCGGACCAUCGACGUGUCCGCGGCACAGACAACAUCGCCUUUCUUGUCCGCCUACCAGUCCGGUCAUAGCGGAUCCAGCUACUCCAGCUACACCGGUACCUCGAGUUCUGAUCACAUGUCCAACAACUCCGGCAGCUCCCCCCGUUGGGUGUCUGCCGCCGCUACGGACUUGGGCGCCCACGAGCUCGCCAUGGUCGCUCGGCAAAUGGUCAGCGACGGCUACAUCGAGCGCUUGGUUCAAGCAGCAAAUGACACCACUUGUCCCAUCCAGGAAUAUGGAUACGGCCUCGGCAAGCACCGCGUUGUGGACAAUUGGUUCUUUGAGCUUGACGUGGACUGGGUUCUCCGAAUCCAAAGCAAGCAUGACUUAUCUGAGCAACUGCAGCUCCAAGACAAGUCAGCGUCAUGGCUCCAAAACUAUGUGGAGCGAUGGGUUCGAGCUCUCAUGGUGAUUGCCUAUAGUAUCCAAGAGAUACUCGCGGUCACCUCAUUUGGCAGCACGGGCAUCAACAAUAUGGUCGUCUUCGUGGAUGCCAUCAUCCCUCUUCUCAAGGUGGAGAAUCUACGGCACCUGCUAAAUAUGUAUGUAUGUGUGUCCAAAGCUUGGUACAUUAUGACGCCUCCAGAAGACCAAAGCAUAAUCAACCACAUAGUCGGCCCGCUGCCGAGAGCAAUGAACAAGCUAAGCGAUGCCAUAUCCAGCACGAUGGAGCAGGUGAGGACACUCAUGGAGGAUGACAACUCGUGGGCUAUCGAGAUUCCGCGAGGAGGAGGUGGGGUUCACAGGAACACCCAGUUGAUGGUGGAUUACAUUGUGACCAUGAGAGAAGCAUUGGCGUCGAUGCUAAACUCUGCACCAAGCCAAACCACUGUAAAUCUUUGUGCCCUGAUAGAAGACACGACUGGUUAUCUUAAGGAUCUUCUUCUGAGAAAGUCAGAGCUAUGCUUGGACCUAAGCCUGAGGUACCUAUUCCUGCUCAACAAUUUCUAUUUUAUAGCACAGGUGCCUGAGCCUUCGGGAUCGUUAAAUCUUGAAAUAUGGUCUGGACACCACAGCGGACUUAAUCUUUCGCCUGAAUGCGAAAAGUACAUGGAUAGCUAUCUUGAUGUUUCGUGGGGUCAUGUGCUGUCCUGCAUACCGCAUUCGAAUUCUCGUGGACCAUUCCAUUGUUUGAUCAACACAUCUUCGCUAGUUAAAUUUCAGUCGGCGUUUCACAAAACAUACCAGGCCCAGAAGUUCUGGAAGGUUCUCGAUCCUCGGCUCAGAGAUGCAAUGCGGAGAACUAUCACCGUAAGAGUCAUUUCAGAUUACCGCGACUACCUGGAGGAGCAUCCGGAGGUUGAGAAACACGUUAGCAGCGGAAGCAACAGUCCCGACAUUUUGGAAGAGAUGCUAGGGGAGCUAUUUGAAGGAUGAGAAAAGCUUGAGGCACCGAACAGCCAACCAGCAAAUAUGACACUGGAGUUCACUGUUCACGUUUCAUUGUUGUAUUUGGAAUUUUUUUCCCUUUUGAAGUGAUUAUGUACUCUGAGAUACUUCAGCCGGCAGAUGUAGGAUCCCUCGUAUGUAAAGGUAGCCCCGGACUGCUGAUUAUUACUCCAUCAUUAUGUGACUCUAAUAUUUAUGAAUGGAAAUUAAUAUUUA